CCGCUUUCGACCAUCACGGAAUUCGUCCCAGUAUAGCACACUGGCGUGCUAAAAUCAACCAGCCCUACUCUUAUUAUACUCGACGCUUCCCCUCAGCCCCUCAAUAUCCCCACAACUCGCCAGUGAUCCAUCAUGGUUCGCCACGCCUCCUUCCAGCCCGACCCCGUUCAGGCCGGGAACGAGAAAUCCUUCAGUGCUCACCUCGACCAAAAGCCCGAGGAUGAGCAAAUUGAAUCUCCCUUGCAUGCAGUUGGCACGCGCACCACGGAGGCUACCGAUACUGAAAAGGGCAGUACCAGGUAUGCCGAAAGCGCGACCGGCUUGACCCACAAGCAGGAGUCGAAGAAGGCGAUCAGAAAGUUGCUUCUCAAGCUGGACUUGGGUAUCCUUCCCUUUGCGGUUCUGUUGUACUUGUCUGCGUACCUCGACAGAGGUAACUUGGCCAACGCAAAGCUGCAGGGUUUGGAAGCCGAUCUCUUGGACAGCAAGGACACCAACUAUUCCAUCGCCCUCUGCUGUUUCUUCAUCACCUACAUCUUGUUCUCCGUUCCCGGUACACUCCUGGCCAAGCAAUUCCUUCCUUCCCGGACCAUUGCCUGUGGUGCCAUGAUCUGGUCCGUCGCCGCCACCUGUCAAGCCGCCGCUCAGAACAAGGCUGGUCUUUACGUCUGCCGUCUCUUUGUUGGUGUCGGCGAAGCCAUGUUUGGUCAAGCUAUGGCCCUUCACCUCUCCUUCUGGUACACCAAGUCCGACCUCGCCAAGCGAGUUGGUCUCUUCAUCAGUGCUGGUGCCGUCUCGGGUGCUUUUGGUGGUCUCAUCUCUUACGGUGUAUCCAGCAUUACUAACUCUCCCAUCGAGCUCUGGCGUAUCCUUUUCCUGAUCGAAGGUUGUCCCUCUGUGCUUUUGGCCAUCUGUGUCUUCCUCUUCAUGCCCAGUAAGCCUGAAAAGUCCAGAUACCUCAACGAGGACGAGAGGACCAUCUGCUUGACAAGGUUGAACGAGGAGCACAACGUGGAGUCUGAGCAGGGUAUCAACUGGGGCGGUGUGAAGCGAUGCUUGACCGACUGGAAGACUUACGCCAUCAGUGUCUCCUACUCUUGCAUGAACCUCGGUCUCGGCUCCGUCAGCGGUUUCCUGCCCACCAUCGUCAAGGGCUUCGGCUACACCGACGCCAAGGCCCAGCUCAUGACCGUGCCCCCCUACGCCGUCGCCCUCGUUUUUAUGCUCUUCCUUACCUCCUUCUCCGACUGGAAGCAGUCCCGAGGUCUCCCUGCUGCUAGUGUGUUCUGCAUUGGUAUCGUUGGGUGGGCCAUUCUGCUGUCCUUGGACGCGGACAGCAACUAUUCGGCGAGGUAUUUUGCGGUGAUCUGUGUCGUGACUGCUGGGUAUACCAAUAUCCCCAUCAUCAUGUCGUGGCAGAGUGGCUGUACCGGUAACCAGAGUCAGAGGGCUGCUUCGCUUGGUAUGCUCAACACCCUCGGACAAUGUCUCUCUUUGGCUGCUGCUUUCUUGUUCCCCAAGGCUGAAGGGCCUCAGUACACCAAGGGCGCCACCGUCAACAUUGCUAUGCAGAGUCUCGGUCUCGUCAUCGUCCUAUGCAUGACGACCUACUACCGAUGGGAGAAUGCCCGCAGAGACAAGGUUGAGGGCGGCAGGCCUGCUAAGGGUACCCCCGUCAAUGUCCGAGACGACUAUGACCUUGCUGUUGGUUUCCGAUAUGUGCCUUAGACGACGAGAUACAUCUGGGAUAUGGAUUAUGGGGUUUCUAUCUUUUCUAUCUUUUCCGAUUGUAUAGCUGGGUUAGACAAGAAGGUUCCACGAGUGUUGUUCAGGUCAUAAAGAAGACAAGGUAUACUAUUUUGGAAUCGUUGUGUAUCUGAGCCGGACAGUGAGGCUAGCGUUAUCAUUACCUCCUUUGUAUAGACAUAUUAUGCAGUUAUAUCAGAAGUCUGGG